AUGGAACCCUUGUCAUUUCCCUCUGAAGGAAAGCAAGCCUCUCCAACUUUAAAAACCCUAGAAACAUGUAAAAAGAUAAUAUCAUCAAUGUCUCUUCCUGAGGAAAACGGAUGGAAUGACUUCCAACCUCUUUGUUUUUACAAAGGCUUCUGGUGGCACCCUUACUUCAUAGAAAGAUCCCUCUUUGCCCAAGAAAACUUCAAGGUUCAACCAAGAGAUAUAUUUAUUUGCAGCUCUCCAAAAACGGGUACCACUUGGCUUAAGGCUUUAACUUUUGCCACUCUAACUAGAACCCAUUUCAAAAAUUCUCCAAGCCCUUUGCUCUCCAAAGUAUCCCAUGAUUGUAUGCCCUUUAUGGAGAUAGACUGCAUAGAGAAUCCGUUUAUACCUGCAAACGAUUUCCCCCUUUGUGCCACACAUGUUCCAUUUUCUUCCUUACCAAAAUCUGUCAUAGACUCGGGUUGUAAGAUUAUUUACAUUUGUAGGGAUCCAAAGGACUCAUUUGUUUCACUGUGGCACCAUACAAAUAAGUUAAGACCAAAGAACAAUGAGAAGAUUUGUUUAGAGGAGGCCUUUGAGUUGUAUUGCAAUGGAAAAUCUCCAUAUGGACCCUAUUGGGAGCAUGUCUUAGGGUACUGGAAAGCAAGCCUGGAAAAUCCGGAUAAGUUGUUGUUUCUAAAGUAUGAAGACAUGAUGAGAGAUACGGCGUUUUACUUGAAGAAGCUGGGCGAGUUCAUUGGGCACCCUUUCUCCUUAGAGGAAGAAAAGGAAGCUGCAGUGGAAGAAGUUAUGAGGUUGUGCAGCUUUAAACAUCUGAGCAAUUUGGAGGUAAAUAAGACUGAAAAAUCUGUGUUCUUCCGUAAAGGUGAGGUUGGAGAUUGGAUAAGUCUGUUGACAUUGGAGAUGGGAGAGAGGCUGGACAACAUCAUGGAGGAGAAGUUAAGUGGAUCCGGGUUAACAUUCAAGUCUUGA